AUGCAUACGACUGCUCAGCCGAAAUCAUGGGACGUCCCUGUGGACUAUGCCCGCCCAAUGAAAGUCAUCUGCAUUGGCGCCGGCAUGUCUGGCAUUCUUUGCGGCAUUCGGUUCAAGCAGAGGAUACCCAACCUCGAUCUAGUCAUCUACGAUAAGAACGAAGAGGUCGGGGGUGUUUGGUUGGAAAACAAAUACCCAGGAGUGACUUGUGAUGUUCCCUCGGUAUCUUUUCAAUACACGUUCGAGAAUAAUCCCUACUGGUCACACUUCUUUUCUCCGGGCCCCGAGAUUGGUAAAUAUUUCAAAGACACGGCGGAGAAGUAUGGUGCCCGCAGACUGGUCAAGUUCCGGCACGUUUUCAAGUCUGCCCGGUGGCUAGACGCAGAGGCAAAGUGGGAGGUGACGAUGCUGAGGCUCGAGGACAACACGGUCUUCAAGGACUACUGCGACGUGUUCGUCAAGGCCACCGGUAACCUUAACAAGUGGAUGUGGCCCAAGAUCGACGGCCUUCACAAAUUCAAAGGUGAUCUCGUCCACAGUGCUAACUGGGACGAAAGCUUCGAGUAUGAGGGAAAGCGAGUUGCUGUUCUAGGUUAUGGCGCCACAGCUGUGCAGCUAGUGCCCGCCAUCCUGCCCAAAGUGAAGUAUAUGGAUCAUUACGUGAGAGGACAAGCUUGGAUCUCCCCAGCCGGUUACGUCGCCGCUGACCCUCGAAAGGCCAGUGGCGAUGUACACAACUUUGCACACCCGCCUGCAGAACAGCAGGAGUUUGCGACGAACCCGCAAGCCAAUCUGGCCUACCGGCACAAGGUUGAAAACUUUGUGAACAACUUCCAGCUUGUCCACUGGGUCGGCUCUGAUAUGAACAAGACCUUUUCAAAAGCAACAGAAGAUUCCAUGCUGAGGAGGCUAGCCAAGAAGCCAGAGAUCUUCGAAGCCAUCAGACCAAGCUACCCGGUCCUAUGCCGCCGGGUCUCCCCAGGUCCCAAGUAUCUCGAAGCCCUGACGGAAGACAAACUCAACUUCAUUCCCAAGGGUAUCAGACAGGUGACCGAGACAGGAAUCGUUGGCGACGACGGAGUCCUCAGAGAGGUGGAUGCGAUCAUCUGCGCAACGGGUUUCGAUACGUCUUUGAGGUUGGACCACAACCCGAUAUAUGGCAAGAAUGGCGUAUCAUUAGAUAAAUUGUGGGAAGAUGAACCAGCCGCAUACAUGUCCAUGUGCCCCCCCGAGAUGCCGAACUGCUUCUUCUUUGUCGGUCCAAAUGGCGCACCGGGCGCCGGAUCCACCAUUCAGAUGAGCGAGGUCACCUGCGAAUAUAUGAUUAAAUGUAUCCUCAAGAUCCAGCGGGAGAAUAUCAGGUGGAUGAAACCCAAGCAAUCCGCUAUCAAGGCAUUCAUGAAGCAAGUCGAUCGAUACUUUGCGAAGACGACAUUCGCCUUUACGUGUAAUAAUUGGGCGAAGAGAACCGCCAACGGCAGAAUGCUUGGCUACUGGCCUGGUUCCGCGGUCCACCAGCGAGCGACGUUGGCGCAUCCACGUUUCGAGGACUUUGAUUACGAAUCAAACGACACUGAUGAGCUUGACAGUCUGGCCUGGAUGGGCAAUGGCAUGAUCAUGGCCCAGGAGUUGAAGUCGUCCACGACGGGCUAUCUCGAUUCCUCAGACAAGCCCCCCCUCGCGGUUCCUUUGGGAGAAGAGCCACUGUCGCAGGUUUCAGUUGGGAAGGCUGCCGACCUGGCUUUGGAGGACUUUUCUGUUCCUGGAGUGAUAGUUGUCUGA